UCUGUUGCACUUGGACACUUACCCCGUGACAAUGGACCUCUGCUGCACUUGGGCAGUGGCCACACCCGCAACAGGGCAAUGCAGGAUAGGGCCAUGCAGGAACCAUCCAGCUUGGACUGGUCAGCCAGUCUCAGAGAGAACGACUCAGCAUUGCCAGCUUCCCACACACCCUGCGGAGGGCUACAGGCUUUCUAGAACCUGCAUUUAAAAUAAACAAACUGAAGAGUCCUUUGGUUUGGACCUAACAAGCCACAGGUGGCUGGCGCUGUCUCACGUGGCACAGAGGACUCACUCAGACCCUCUGCUGCGCUUCAGAAGAGAAGUCUUCACUUGCAAUGGGCUAGGUUUUGUUUGGGUUUGCUCUGCAGUGCUCAGGGUGCCGCCUGGGAACACUGGGGCUGUGACCUGCAGGACGGAGCCUGUCAUUGUCUCCUCUCCCCUCUGGGGCAGCCCCUUGAAUUUGCCUCCUGAGAGUCAAGGCCAAGACCAGCUCAUGGACGUGAUCAAAUGGAAACCCCAGGAUGCCUUCAACCAGACCCAAUCCAACUCCUUCUUGCAUGACCCUGUGGAGGGGAGGGACAGCACCAAUUCCACCAGGACCCUGAGGCCACCAGACGCGGCCAGUGCCACCUGGUACAUCCUCACCAUCAUUGGGAUCUAUGGUGUGAUCUUUGUCUUCCGGCUGGCCAGAAACAUCCUCAGGAAAAAUGAGAGGUCCCUGGAGGACAUUUAUUAUGCAAACUUAACUUCUGAACUCAAAAGGAAAGGGUUUCAGAGCAAGGUGGUAAAGUGCUCCCUGAUCAUCCACAAUACGGCUGCCCUUCAGCCUCAUCAAGACGACCCAGAACCAAAGGGUGAAGGUGGCAGGCUCCACACAGGAACCCAGGCGGUCCCUUGAAAGUCAAGGCCAACAGACUACAUUGGGAGGCCUCAGCUGUUUUGCAGGUGGAGGAGUUUGGGGCCUGCCUGGGAUCUUGAAGAAGGAACUGAGCCCUGGAUUAGGGCAGGGUGAGCAUCUCUGGCCAUGACACUUCUGAGUAUGAAGAGUCACCAGCAGCUUAUGGCUCAGAUUUUCCUGGUAUAAGAAGAAACAAUAGAAGCCAUAGGUCAGAGGGAGACUCAGGGUUCUCAGGGGAUUCAGGAUACUCCUGAGGGCAAAGGGAUGGCCUCUUGUCAUGGGUGAAGGCUGAACCUGGAGUCAAAUUCUUGGGAUUAACGUUCACCUUCUAGGGAUCGUAUCCUUUUUUGAGUGGCAGUUGAUCACCUGGAACAUGUGGGAGUUGGGAUCAUCCCCCAAAGUGACUUCAUUUUAAAGACUUACUCCCUUGAAUUUAGGACCAAAGUUGUUCAUAGCCGAAGCUAAGAAUUCUUCCGUUUCUCUGGAAGAGUUGGGUACAUUGAACAAACAGUCAUUUUGGACUCAGGAACCCCAGGCUCUGGUCUGGGCGUGGUUAUCCUGGUUCUGACAUCUGAGAACCUAUCACUGCACUUCUGUGAAACUCAGCUUACAGGUCACCUGACGAGAACGGUGCCAGAGCUGCCCGCUGUGCCACGCAGAUAAGCACUAGGGAGAUCCUGCAUGUGCCUGGGUUUGGAAAUGCAAAGUACACACACGGAUGGUGGUGGUGGUGGUGGUGGUGGUGGUGGUGACAAGGGGCACAGCGAAUGCUGCUGGGUGGUGACAGCAGCAAUGACAAUGACGGUGUUGAUGGCUUUAGUACAUGGCGUUUUCAGAAUUCAGAUCCUUUUGAACUAAAUUUUAGUUAGCACUCAAAUGUACUUAUUCUGUUUCCAUACACCAUUAUACUAUGAUCUUGUUGAUGCUCCCUCAGUCCCUGCUCUUCUCUUGCUGGCCCCUUCCUUUUUCCAAAGAGCAUCCUGCUUUCAUGUCACACAUUGUCACCUUCUCUUGCUUCCCUGCCUUUAGAUCUCUGCAUCCUCCCUCACAGCCGUCUUCCACUUUCUUGUGUACAAACACACACACACACACACACACACACACACAUACACAAUUCAGUCUGUCUCUACACAGAUCUGCGUGUGUGUGCGUGUGUACACGUGUGUAAAUAUAUCUGUGGUGUAUUUGUACCUACAUACCACACACAGACACACACACACACAUGCACACACACAAACACACACCACACAGAGGUUCUCAGAGGAGCAGUAGGGAGGCAGGUAAUUCUGGCCAGCAGUUAGGGGUUGCAGAGGUUCCCUCCAGGAGUAUCCCAGGGCCCCGGCACUGAGUAAAUACUCACAGAGCCAAGAGUCAGAGCAGAUCACAUUUAUAAGCAACUGUCCUCUCAGUUCUAUGGAGUUCAUGGACACUGCCAUCAGCUCCCAAACCUGGCAGGGGUAACAUCAGUGUGGGACAUAGGGACUCUUGUCCAGGAUAUAUGGACCCUGCCAGGAUGUACGUAUGAGAUUCCUGAUAACAAAUUACAACAGAAUUGAAAAGAUUGGUUCAUGUAUCAUAGGACAGGCAGGAAAAGAGACACAUGCCAUCCAGUCUCAACAUCCAUGCAGUAAGCAGACACUUCUGAAAACUUGUCACACGGGGUACCCUGAAAAGCUUAAUUAGUAAAAUCACACAUGAAGCAGGGGCCAGCUUGAUCCCACUCUGCCUCACACUAGGGCCAGACAAGAUUUCUGUCAAGGGUGAAGCUGAUCUAGCCCCGGAGGGGCAGGACAAAGGCUGGUCCCUCUCAUAAUCCAAGUCUCCAGGGGUCCAAGAAAGAAUCCUGAGGUUUACAAUGACUUGGAGGACACAGGCCAUGUUGCUUUGGUCUUAGUGACCAAAACACUUGGGAAAGAAUAACCUCAAGGAGAAAGGAUUAAUUUGGAAUCCCAGCUGGAGAGGGUUUGGCCAGAGUCACCCAGGCACUUGGACAGAACAUCAUGGAGGCAGGACGCUCCUACCCCUGUGUGACCUGUUGCAGGAGCCUGUGAGGGUGCAUCUUCCCCUCAUGGCAGGUAGGAUGCAGCAAGAGAAGGACUGGGGACCAGGUAAAACCUACAGAGGCACACCUCCUGGGACCCACUUCCCACAAAGUUUAUACACCAUGUCUGAGAAUGCACCAUCAUCUAGGGAUAAAAUUUACAAAACACGAGUCCAUGGAAGGGGGGAACACUUCACACAUAAACCACACACAACGCAGACACACCUUGGACCCAGCAGUGGGCCAUGACGGAAUAUGUCGUUUAGUGUAAACUCAGAGCAGGAAUGUUCUUGGGGGAUAUCGUUCACAUGGGCCAAAGGGACACAUGGGCUAAAGGGAUUCUGUGGGAAGGGCACAGGGGCCAUUAAGUCUACGUUGGCAGCCAUUAACCCUUUAAGGUACAACAGAGGGAGGGGUCUAGUUUGAAGGGUCUUACGCAGUGCUGGUGUAGUGACACACACCAGCCUUGACCACCCGCUCACAGAUGCCACAAAGGAGGUUCAAGGAAGCCGAGAUGCAGAGAAGCUAAGCCAUUUGUAUACUGUCACACAGCCAACAGAGGCUUCAGGGCGAAGUCUGUCAGAUGUUGAAGCCCUGUGACGUUUCUAUUACAUCUGCCUAGCUUGCUUUCUGUUACUAUAAUAAACGCCAUGACCAGCGCAACUCGGGGGAAGAAAGGCUCCUUUUCAGCUCACACUUCUAGGUCAUAGUUCAUCACUAAGAAAAGUCGGGGUAGGAACUCAAGAGGGAACUGACGCAGAGACCACGGAGGAACACUGCCUACCAGCUCGCUCCCUGGCUCUGCUCAUUUAGCUUCUGACACAGGUCAGGCUCCACCUUUUCCAAUUCCUAGGCCAGGCAGCUGGGAACGUCAUGAGAAGAGGGCCAGGAAGGGCUGCAGGCCUGAGGAAGGCAUCCUCACACUAAGGUCAGCUGACAGGAUAUUCAUGAGGGUUGUGUGUACACCCACAGGCUAAGGUACUUACAGUCUCACAUACGCCUACACACAUAAAGACACAUACACGUCCACAUUCAUGUGUACAUGUGUACUCUCAUCUCCACACACAGACACGUACUCACAUAUGUUAACACAUCCCCACAUAUAUGCAUAUACAUAUGUAUAUACAUCGAUAUAUCAUACACACACACACACACACACACACACACACACACACAUCCUUAUACACAUGGAUACUCCCAUACUCUUAUGGGCUCAUAAGAAAGAGGAAUAUCAAAUCUCUGGUGGCUGAGUCUGAGCUCCUACUGAGUCCAGCCCUCCUGUUCUCUGUGUGACAUCAUGAGAGGUCCUGAAGAUGGGAGGAUGCUCCUUGUCCUGACCAACGAUCCUCAUUCUGGAAAGCACACUUUACACUAGUGCUUCCUUUAAAGGGUUUCCUUUUAAAAUGUCAAGGAGUUUGCUCUCAGUUGAGAAGAGAAGGGAGGGCACUUGGCCUCUCUCUGUCUGCUUUGUAAACAGGGUGAUGAUGUUUAUUUCAAUAACAUGGGCCGCAGGGAUUGAUUACUAGAUAACAGGUAAAGAGGGGAGAGCCACUCCCAGGACUAACAUAUUGCUUCCCAGUCCCUAGCAGCUGGGCCUGCACGGCUGUACGAUGAUCUCCCAUGACAGAGCCACUUUCUCAUUGGAAAUAUCACCCCAUGAGCACAUCGCACAUCUGGGGAGACUGGAAGGGUCCAGCAGCCAGCCAGCCAGCCACACACACACACACACACACACGGGGGGGGGGGCAGGGCUGUCUGCUGAGCUAUAAGUUCGGUUUGUUCUCAGGAUCUCUUCCUUCUUGUCAAAAGUCAGACCCACACGGGACAGGGAUAAUGCCACCAAAGGAGCCACCAAGGAAGCCAGGCAAGGGCAGAUGUCCUCUAUGGUUGGAAGAGGCUCUUGGUUAGGGAAGCUGUAAGGUUCUUGGGUCAACUGUCCCCUGAAGGUGUCUUGUGGGGGCCGUAGCUGUGGGGCUGACUGAGCUGGAGCUGGCUUGCAGAGUCUCAGCCCAGCAGACUCCAGUGCCCAGGCAGUGGGCCACAAAGGCUUGGACCUGAGCAAUCCCCGGGGUUGACCUCACUCCCCUGCUCUGCUGCCCCUGGGAACCCCAACAGUGCAAAGCUCAGUGUGGUUUGAUUAAAUCAGUAAGUGUUAUGGCUUCCAAACAGUGGGGCUGGGGCUGUGCAGUGACAAGCUAGCCACAGUACACAUCUGUUUAUAGUGGCAGCUGCCUGGGGCCUAGUGGGGGUUUGGAUGCUUUUGUGUUUUGUAUGACUAGUUUCUAAGUACUGUGACCUCUGAGUGACACUCGGCAAAGCUCCAGGAUCCCAGGGAUCCUCCCAGGAGUCCUCCCUUGACUGGCUUACCUCAACCCCAAGCCCUAUCUUGCUCUAACAUAGCCCCAAAGGCAACUGAAUUUGUGCAUUUUAUAUUAAAUUCUUAUUCUUGUUGGGUU